UGGUCGCUGCAAACGGUAAUCCGUCCUCUUUUGGCGGUCGCUUCGCUGCCAGCAUGCAGGUUCUGCAAGAUGAUGAUGCUAACCGGACCGGCCGGCGCAAUGCCAGGCGCCUGCACGGCAGCACGCAGGGGCCGGAUGAGGUGCUCCGCCAGGCACGGGCCGCGCACAGCUCCCGCAUGGCCUCCCUCGCCCGCACCAACCAAGUACUUGACGCCCACCUUCGCGCGCACGCCCGACGCGCCUCUGCCGGCCGGCUUCAGUUUGAAGACGCGCCUGCCGCAAACCGCGGCAGCGGCGGUGGCGGGGCGCCUCUGAUGAUGAGUUCUGUGCUCGUGGACCUGGGGGGUGAUAUGCUGACGUUGGGGUUGAUGGACGCCCGGGUUGACGUGAUGUUGGACCAGGAGGGGCUGUGCAUGCCACGCGGCGUCAUUAAUUACGGCGGCGGCAGUCACGGCGGCGGCAGCAGCGGCGGCGGGGCCGGCGGCAGCAGCGGCGGCAGGGCCAGCGGCGGCAGGGCCAGCGGCUGCACCGCUAGCGCUGCAACGGCGGCUGAUGCGGAAGCCAAGCGGCAGCAGCGCCAGGGGGCGGCGCGGCUGGUAGAUGAUGACGAGGAUAUGGCAGCUGCAGCUUUUGCAGCGGCUGGUGCAGCCGCAGCCAGGCGCUUUGUUGACAGUGAUGGGGAUGAGGAGGGGCAGGGAGCCUCUUCGUACGAGUCAAUGGAGGAUGGCGGCGACGACGGCGACGAUGCUGGUGGCAGCCUCAGCGGCGCAGUGGCGGCGUGCCCGGUUUCAAUCGGGUCGGAGGUGCCGGCGAUAGCGCUGCCAGGCGCUGCGGCAAUCUCGCCCGCUACCACGCCCGGCGGUGCUCCCCGCACGUGCCGCAACCGGCGAAUGUCCUCCGGCGGCGCCGAUGGUAUCAUCGCGCUGCUGCAGCACCACACCGCGCGCGCGACAGCGGCCGCCGGCGGCGGGGCGGUCGCCGGGUUCUCUGGUAACCCUGCUUUGACAGCCGCUGCUACUGCUCGUAAUGCUACUAAUACUACUGCUGGCGUUCACGUUUCGGCGGGCUCUGACGCGCCCUGGGGCGCAGCUGCUGCAGCACAGGCGGCCUCCACAGCCGCAGCCGCUGCCGCAACCAUGGCUGGAGAUAACAGCAGUCCGGUGUCUCCUCGCCUGCGGCGGCGGAGCGCGCUGGUGGCGUUGGACCUAGCGGCGGCGGGGCUGGCGGCUGACCCGUGGAGCGAGGCGGCGGCGGCGGCGCUGCCAGGGUCUGCCGUACACACGCUCAUGCUGAAUCAGCACUACGGCGGCGGGCAGCUGCCGGCGUCGCAGUCGCCACAACAGCAUCCACUCGUGUCGCCACGCCGCCUGCGGCUGCCGCGCGCUUCGGCGCCCAGUGCUGCUGGGGUUGCCGCCGGCGCUGCUGCCGCGGGUGGCAUUGCCUCGCUGCCGCCGUCCCCACGCCGCGCCGCAGGUGUCAGCGGCUGCUGCGGCGAGGGCACGGCCGCAGCCGUGGCGGCCGCAGACGGCGCGGCAGGUGGUGCGCGGUUGUGCUUUGGUCAUGCCGAGGUGCCUACUGCACCAACGUCGCCGCCGCCGGUAGCGGUGGCGCACGCGUGGGAGCUGCAGCCGCAGGCUGGCAUGGCGACUCCAUCGUCGCCGCUGCGUGCGGCCACCCUGGACGCUUCGGUUGAACGCGCCCCGCCGCCGCUGCCGCCGGCAUCGCCGCCGGCGGUGUUUUCGGCAGUGUCGCCGUCCCCGCCUUGCUCGCCUUGCGCGGGCGCUGGUGCGAUGAGCGCCAGUGGUGGCAGCUGCACAAGCGCGGCUUCCCCGCUGCUGGUUGCGCCCGUGGCCAGGAGCGGCAUCCUCUCGCUGUCAGCCACGCACGCAAGCAGAGGUCCUGCCGCCAGCACGUCUAGCGCUGAUGGCGCUGCUAGCGCCGCAAUGCUUCCGCGGCACCAGCAGCACCAGAACCCGCACCAGCAGCGGGAGGCGCCGAAGCAACGACAGCAGGAGCUGCAGCAAGGGGCGACCGGAUGGAUUGGUGACGCAGAGUCAGCCAUAGGGCAGCGGCAGCGCCCGCCGUCAGGGCAUCGCACGAACGGGAGCCCAACAGCUGUCGGCACUUGUGAGGAGCAGCCCGUUGGCGAGGAGCCGCUGGCGGUUAUGGACGUAGAUGUGGCUGCAGCUGAGCUGCAUUCAUCAGCUGCAGCGGCUGUGCCGCUGCUUCCGCCGCCGUCGCCGCAGCCGCAGCUGCCGCAAACGCAUCGCGCCAUCGCGCGGCGGGAGACUGCCCCCGGCGCGGCCGCUCAUCCCGGCGCCAGCCCCAGCCCCAGCCCACCGCUGCGGUACGGCAGCGGAACAGCACUGCCGGGCGGAGCCGCCGCUUCGGCUGCUGCUGUGGCAGCAGCAGCAGCAGCAGCAGCAGCAGACAACGAGUCAGUACCAGCGCCCGGGUCCCCUACCGCAGUGCUGGCGCCAAGCUCACCGAACGUGCGGCGCCGCCUGGCUGCUGCAGGUAGCUUGACGCUGCAGAUGCCGCCGCCUGGCUUGCAAGGCUUGCAGAGCACGCUGCAGCCGCUACAGCCGCCGCAGCAGCUGCCACGCGGACACGGGGCCUCCCAAGGCUAUGUGGCGCCUGCGGCUGCUGCUGCUGCUGCCGGCGUGUUGGCACAAGCCUCCCCUUUGGCGGUGGUGGCUCGCGCGAGUGACGGCGGCGCCGCCUCCAACUUGCCGCAGCGCCAGCAGAAGCUGUCGCUGACGUGCGCGCAGGGCGGUGGCUCGGCGGUUGGGGGCGACGUUUGGGCACUGGCUGAGGCCGCCACGUCACCGCGUGUGUCGGCGCCCGUCUCUCCGGGCCCCACCGCUGCUGCCACAGCAGCCACCCGCAUCGUCACGAGUGGGGGGGCUGCCCUGGCUGCUCCACCUGCUGCGCCCCUCAGCCCUGCCGGACACGGCAUCUAUGUGCCGCCCACAUCUGCCGGCGCCAGCGCCACAACUGGGCUGCCUCCUAGGGAGCGGCAGGAGUUUCCAGUGAUGGCUGAAUCAUAUCCACUGCCGCCGGCGGCUCGCGCCAAAAGCAGUACCAGCCAAGGCAGCAGCGCCGCCGCCGCCACGGGUGCGGCGUGGCGCCCGCCGGCCCUGCCGGCUGCCGCUACUGCUGCAAGGAACAGAUUGGCAGUAGCAGCGCCGCACGGCGCUUAUGCCCAUCAGUACGGUAGGGACGGUCCUGCAUCAGCGCCUGUGAUCCGUGCUGGUGCUGCUACAGCCUCUGGCGGCAAUGCGGGUGUCGCUGAUGGCAACGGCGGCAGUAGCGCCUCGCCGGUUCUCCUCCUCAGCCGCCGGCCUGAGCUGUUCAGGAAAGGUUGGAGCAGCAGCCUGAAUGGCAGCAGCAGCAUCGCGCGGCGAGGGGGCAUCCUGGCAGCGGCAGCAGCCGGCAGCAGCAGUAGCUUCACGGACGGCACCACACCCAUUCGCAAACGCAUGACUGCGGCCGCCACGGCGCUGGAGGUCGAUCCCAUUGCUACAGCCACAUCCACCGCCGCCGCUGCUGCAGCCUCUAUGACUACCGCUGCAGGUGCUACCGUGGGCGAGGGGGGUGACGGGGGCGACGGUGGCACUGCAGGCAUGAGUGUCAUGCGGAGUGGACCUGCAUUUUCUUGGGGUGCCAGGCGCAGCAGCAGCAGCAGCGGCGGCGGCAGAACCAGCCUCCCGCCCGGCAGCACCGCCACCGGCGCUGCGCUACAGCCGAGCUCGUGCCAUCCCGCACACCGCCCGCCAUCAGAAAGCCGCGAUGGGCUGCUACUGCGGCCUGCGAGGUCUGCGACAGAGGCAGUGCCGGCCCCGGUCCCAGCCCUGAUGCAGCCGGCAGCAGCGCUGCCACGUUCCUCUGCGCCCCACCCUCCCCCGCUGGCACCAUCGGAGGCUCGUGAAGAGUCAGAAGACCAGCCGGCCGCAUCCUCCCGCCUGCAGCAGCCAGAGCAGCACCAGCACAACCAGCAGCCAACAGGCCACAGGCCCCUUCUGCUCCUGCAUAGCAGCGGCACCGGCGCCCUGGCACCCACCAGCCCGCGGGGCCUGCUGUCAGCAACCACAUCCAUUACAGCCUCAACGGUGGCUGGCCCGCACAGCCCCCGCCAGCAGCAGUCGCAGCUGCUGCCGUCCACGCGCGCCCACCCGCUGCUCAGCAGCAGCAGCACCUCACAGCCGCAGUCGGCGCAGCCCGCACAGCAGGCCGACAGGCACACGCCAAGGCGGCAGGCGUCCAGCACCCACGGCGGCGACCGAGACAGCGGGCCACUGGCCGCUGAGGGCUCCUCCUUCGCGGCAUCUACUGCUGCGGCGGCUGCCGCUGCCGCUGCGGCACCGGGUGCCAGGCCAUCGGCGGCGCCUGUGGCACCUGCAGCAGCUUGGGACAAGGCGGUGGCCCGCGCUCACACCUCUGUAACCCCAUUCGACACGGAGGGGCGGGAGGCAGCCGCGGUGGCGGCGCCCAGCAUGGCUCGGCGGUUCGCCGCCCUGUCCGACCCUCAGGGUCUGUGGGGCGCUGAGCCAGCGGCGCCGCAGCACAGCAGCCACCCGGCGCCGCAGCACAGCAGCCACCUGGCGCCGCCGCGCAAAUGCGGAGCCGUGCUUGCGGUGGCCAACACCACGCAGCCACAGCCGUCACUGCAGCCACAGCAACCGCAGCAGCCACUGCCGCCGCUUCCGUCGCUGCUGCCGCUGCAGCGGCCUCAGGAGGAAGCAGCACCUACGCCGGUGCCGGAGAGCCUGCUACCCGACAAACCCGGUGGGCAGUGGACUACGACACCGCAGGCGCGGGCGGACCACCGCAGCAGCAGCAGCAGCAGCCAGCGCAGCCGUUCAGCGCGAGACGAGCAGCCAUUCGAGCUGGUAACCCAACCGCCAUUGGCUGUAGCAACUGGCAGCAGCCGAACCGAUGGCCAAGAAGCUCGCAGUGAUGCGGCGCUGGAGACCGCAGUAGCAAACGAAGGUCCAGGAGGAACGGCACGCCACGUGCGACCCAGGCGUGACGGGAGUGAUAAUGACAUGGUGGCGCCGGAUGCGCAGCACGGAACUCGUGCAGGCGCUUCAACGGGCAUUGCUGCUGAGGCUUCCGCGACAGCCAACAACAAUGGAGACUGUAGCAGUGGCAGUAGCGGCGGCGGUGAUGGCAGCGGCGGCGGCAAUAGCAGGGCACACAUUGCCGACAGUGGCAGUAGCGGGCCGGCCGUGGGGAGCACCAGCGUGCUGGCACGUAUGAAGCGGGCGCUAAGCACGCUGCGGACAUAUUCCACUGUUUAUUGAGCACAGCAAGCGAGCAAGCAGAGUAAGAUACCGUAUCAUGGUAAAUGAAGAUUUGGGUGCGCGUGUGGUCUUAAAAAUGCCGUUGGGUGCUACUACGUGUGCGCUAUAGCGUGGCCGCGGGCAUGUGUGCUGCCCGGUGAUGCGCCGUGUACUUGUGCGAAGCCGAUUAUGGCGAUUAUGGUUAUUUAUUACUGAGUGCGCUUAGGCCUUAGGAGUUGCCGAUGUUGUCAUCAGUAACGGUUGCGGUGAGUGUAUCGAGCCUGCGGCACUAUUGGUUUGCAUGGCCUGCAAGCUGUGGUAUGUGCAACAUUGAGGAGGUGAGGACGGGCGGAGGGCGGGAUGAGGCUGGCAGGCUGAAAGCCCGACCAUCAACGCCACCUUUGAUGGCGGGUGGGUGCUGAAAGAGGCACCGGAAAGGGUUGAACUGGUGGUGAGGCGCGCAGUGCUGCGCAGUGAAAGGCCAUGCGUGCAUGCGUGUCAGGGGCGUUUUUUCAAGCAUGUCCAACGGGGCAGUCGAGCGAAGCGGCGAAGCUAGUGCGGUAGUGGACUCGUGAUCACAAUGUACAAUGCGGGGCGUACCUUUAGUUUCGCUAUGAAUUUAUGAUGGUAUUGGCGAAGGGGCAAAUGCCGAGAGGAAGGGGACGAAGGUACCACAGCAGUCCAGGAUUCAGGAGGGGCGCGCACAGCACAUCUGAACAGCCACGGCACGCUAGACAUUGUUUUGGCGCCAAGGUCCGCGUCUGGCCACACGUCCCCGCAACUCCGCAAGUGAGUACCGGUACGCAGCUGCACAGGGGAGGUGUAAUGGACAGAUCUC